GAAAAUGCGUCGUUAUGUAGAGUCGAGCACAGACAAUCAAAACCCGGACGUUUCUGCGGGGAUUAACCGGAGUUGAUAGCCGACGAUACGUCCGGGAAAAAAAUGGUAGUUUCUCCUUCCUGCUGGUUCAUUCCUGGGGUCAAAUGAAAGCGCACAUUUCAUACCAUUGUUGGUGUGUGAUAGAGAGAGAGAGAGACGGCGGUGAAUCGGAGUCAUCGUUUUGGUCUCCCUAGAACCCUAAUUGCACUUACAGCUAGAAUCUCGACUGUUUCGCGGGAGAGUUGCUGUUGGCUGGACAUAUUGAUCAAUCAUUUGGUGAUUCUCCAGAUAAGUGACCGUGGGGGAGGUAUUUCUAUCACGGGAUUUAGAGGAUGGACUUGGUGGCUAGUUGCAAGGACAAAUUAACAUAUUUUCGCAUAAAAGAGCUUAAGGAUGUUCUUAACCAGUUAGGGCUCUCAAAGCAGGGAAAGAAACAGGACCUUGUAGAUCGAAUAUUGACUAUUCUCUCCGAUGAGCGAGUCUCAGGAAUGUGGGCCAAGAAGAAUUCCAUUGGGAAGGAGGGAGUUGCAAAGCUAGUUGAUGACACUUACAGAAAAAUGCAGGUUUCUGGGUCAGCUGAGUUGACUUCAAAAUCGGAAGCUGUUUCAGAUAACUCCAAUAUGAAACUUAAAGAGGAGAUAGAUGAUUCUUACCCAGUGGACAAGAUACGCUGCCUCUGUGGAAGCACGCUGCCCACUGAUUCUAUGAUUAAGUGUGAAGAUCCCAAGUGUAAUGUCUGGCAGCAUAUGACAUGUGUGCUGAUUCCUGAGAAACCCAUGGAGGGUGGUUUACCAAAUCCUCCAGAUAUCUUCUUCUGCGAAAUUUGCAGACUGAAUAGAGCUGACCCCUUCUGGCUGACAGUUGCACAUCCCCUACUCCCAGUGAAGUUGAAUAUCACUAAUGUUCCUACAGAUGGUUCUAAUCCUAGUCAGAGCAUUGAGAGAACAUUUCAACUCCUAAGGUCAGACAGAGACUUGUUAUCAAAACAAGAAUAUGACAUUCAGGCAUGGUGCAUGCUUCUUAAUGACAAGGUCACAUUUAGGAUGCAGUGGCCACUGUAUGCAGAUCUGCAGAUCAAUGGUGUACCGGUGAGAGCUAUAAACAGACCCGGCUCUCAGCUGUUGGGAGCAAAUGGCCGAGAUGAUGGACCUGUUAUUACACCAUGGACAAGAGACGGAAUAAAUAAGAUCUUCGUAAGCGGAUGUGAUGCUCGCAUAUUCUGUGUGGGAGUUAGAAUUGUCAAGAAGCGGACACUGCAGCAGGUUCUCAACAUGAUUCCAGGCGAGGAUGAAGGGGAGUGUUUUGAAGAUGCACUGAAUCGUGUACGUAAAUGUGUUGGUGGUGGGACGGCCACAGAAAAUGCUGAUGAUAGCGACAGUGAUAUCGAAGUUGUUGCUGAUUCAAUUCCCGUUAAUCUCCGCUGUCCUAUGAGCGGUUUAAGAAUGAAGGUGGCUGGGAGAUUUAAACCCUGUGCCCAUAUGGGCUGUUUUGAUCUUGAAGUGUUUGUGGAAAUGAACCAGCGCUCAAGGAAGUGGCAAUGCCCUAUAUGUUUGAAGAAUUAUUCCUUGGAGAAAAUCAUCAUAGAUGCCUAUUUCAACCGGAUCACAUCUAAGAUGCAAAAUUGUGGAGAAGAUGCUGCAGAGAUUGAGGUGAAGCCUGAUGGCACCUGGCGUGUUAAGGCUGAGAAUGACCAUAGGGGUCUUGGGGAGCUUGGCCUGUGGCAUUCGCCUAACGGAACAAUCUGUGCACCCAUGGAGACAGAACCUAAACAGAAAAUGGAACCUAAACCAAUUAAAACCGAAGUUGGUUCCGAUAGUAAUGCCGGUCUUCGACUAGGGAUGACAAAAAAUCAAAAUGGUCGGCGGGAGAUUAAUAACUCAGAUGAUAUGCAGGGAAUCUUGCCUGCAUAUAGGCUCCAAGAAAAUUUUGAGAACGACCAAAAUAUAAUUCCUAUGAGCAGCAGUGCUACUGGCAGUGGUAAUUUUGAAGAUGCUAGUGUCAAUCAGGAUGGUGGGGGAACCCUUGAUUUUUCUAUGGUCAAUGGUAUGGAAUAUGAGUCCAUUUCUAUGAACAUUAAUUCAACACAUGGAUUUAGCGACCAAAUAGCUUCCGUACCAACAAUUGAUGCUGAAGUAAUUGUCCUCAGUGAUUCCGAGGAAGAAAUUGAACCACUAAUUCCUUCUGCUGUCAAUUACAAUAACACUGGACCAAAUAAUGGCGAAGUUCAAUUUCCAUCAGCACAACAUGGAAUUCCUGAUUCUUAUUACGAAAAUCCUGCUCUGGGUAAUGGUGGUAGUCCAAGUCUUGGGCUUUACAGUGCUCAUGAAGAUGACUUUGGUAUGAAUAUGUGGUCACUGCCAUCAAGCAGUCAAGGUGGCCCUGGAUUUCAGUUAUUUGGUUCUGACUUGGAUGUAUCCGAUGCCUUAGUCGAAAUGCAACAUGGUUCUCUUAAUUGCCCUUCAUCUUUAAAUGGCUAUGCAUUGGCUGCAGAGACUGCCAUGGGAUCUGCUGCUCUUCCUGCUGACCCUGCUGCACAGUCUUCUAAUACUACUAAUUUUGAUUUAGUAGACAAUCCAUUGGCAUUUAAUAGCAAAGACCCCCCUCUUCAAAUAUUUUUGCCCACGAGUCCAUCUGAGACAACUGUUGGGCCGUCUGAUUCAAGAGACCACCCAGAAGUUCCAAACGGUGUUCCUACAGAGGACUGGAUUUCUCUCAGGCUUGGUGAUGGUGCUGGAGUGGGUCAAACUGGAUCUGCAGCAGGGAAUGAUUUGAAUUCAUGGCAGCAUUUGGAGUCAAAGGAAUCCACCUUAGAUCCUUUAGCUGACAAUGCACCUCUGUUGCUUGGAAGGAAGGACAACGGGUCUGGUAAGACUGGUAGGGAAAGACCAGGCAGCCUUUUUUCAUUUCCUCGUCAAAAACGUUCUGUAAGACCAAGGUUUAAUCUGUCUAUUGAUACCGAGUCAGAGUAGAGCUGUUCCAGGCUUGUCUGGUCAAAGUAGUUUUGGGAAGGAUUGGUUUAUCAUUGUAUGUUGAGCUACAUAUGCCGAAGGAGUUAGCUAGCUACCAAUAAGCACGGUACCUAAAUUUUGGAAACGGUCCUUGUGUUGAACUCAUGGUCAGCUUGGCCCAGAGGGGUUGCCUUGUGUUGAACAAUGAAUGCUGCCUGAGUUUUAAGAGUUGCGUUGGUACCUGGUAUUUUUCUUCAUCCGGCAACCGAUGGAGCUUCAUCUCUCAAGAUUAUACAUCUGACCGCUUACAGUUUCAGACUUAAGUAAUGUUGAGGAAGUCAUUUAUUUUCAGGCUUAGGUUAGGACGUCUAUUCUCUUAACAAGAGUAAGAGUAUAUCUCAUUGUCAAAAUUUAUUACUAGUUUACUUAGGAAUAUAGUCAGGUUUACCCCUUUUGUAAUCAUCAAAUGAUUUGUAUGUAUUUGUAUCAUAGCACCUCUUUUUCAUCUGCUCGUGAUCGAAUCCUCCGUGGAGUGUUUGAGAUAGAAUUUCAUAUUGAAGAAGCUUUUUGUGAUA